AUGACUUCCGCUCUUGCAAAGAACCUCAAGCAACCGGCAUUGGACUUCCUGUCCUUUGUCAAUGCCUCUCCAACCUCGUUCCAUGCGGUGCAAUCCGCCAAAGAGCUUCUGAGCAAGGCUGGGUUCCAGGAGAUCAAGGAGAAAGACUCCUGGGCUUCGACAUGCCGCCCCGGUGGGAAGUACUAUCUCACCCGGAACCACUCCACAAUUGUGGCUUUUGCCGUGGGGAAGAAGUGGCAGCCCGGUAACCCGAUCUCCAUGAUCGGUGCCCAUACAGAUUCUCCCGUUCUGAGAAUCAAGCCCGUCAGCAAUAAGCGUGAGGCGGGAUAUGUUCAGAUUGGUGUAGAGACAUACGGUGGUGGUAUUUGGCAUUCAUGGUUCGACCGUGACCUGGGCGUUGCAGGUCGGGCUAUGGUCCGCACCGGAGACGGAUCUAUUGUACAGAAGUUGCUGAAGAUUGACCGUCCAAUCCUCCGUAUUCCGACAUUGGCUAUCCAUCUUGACCGCCAAGCUGACUUUUCUUUCAACAAGGAGACGCAGCUCUUCCCGAUUGCUGGUCUCGUUGAGGCUGAGCUUAACCGUACCGCUGGCGCCUCUGCAAGUGCUGAGGCAGAGAGUGGUGGAUUCUCUCCGUUGAAGGCUAUUACUGAACGUCACCAUCCUUACCUUGUGGAGCUCAUUGCCGCAGAGGCUGGUGUGAAGCCUGCCGAUGUGCUUGAUUUUGAAAUGAUCCUAUUCGAUACUCAGAAGUCCUGCCUGGGUGGUCUGCUUGAGGAGUUCAUUUUCUCCGCGCGUCUGGACAACCUUAACAGCUCUUACUGUGCUACUGCUGGUCUGAUCGACUCGGUGGCUGACAGUUCCGCUCUGGACGAGGAGACUUCCAUCCGUCUCGUUGCGCUGUUCGACCACGAGGAAAUUGGAAGCCGUUCCGCUCAAGGCGCUGACUCCGACAUGCUCCCUGCUGUCAUUCGUCGCCUGUCUGUCCUCCAGGCUUCCUCCAACAACGCCGAUAUGAGCACCGCCUACGAGCAAACCCUGUCCAGCUCCUUCCUCCUCUCCGCAGACAUGGCUCACGCCGUGCACCCGAAUUACACAGCCAAGUACGAGGCCGAUCACCGCCCCCAGAUCAACAAGGGUCCUGUGAUCAAGGUCAAUGCCAAUGCCCGCUACGCAACUAAUUCCCCGGGUAUCGUCCUGCUCCAGGAAGUUGCCCGCAAGGCUGCUGAGGACGGAGGUGAGGGUGUGCCGCUGCAGCUUUUCGUGGUCCGUAAUGACUCGAGCUGUGGAAGCACCAUUGGACCUAUGCUGUCUGCGCUUUUGGGUGCUAGGACUCUGGACUUGGGUAACCCCCAGCUGAGCAUGCACAGCAUUCGGGAGACUGGGGGUACUCAUGAUGUUGCGCAUUCGAUUCGGUUGUUCUCGAGCUUCUUUAAGCACUACUCUGACGUGUCGAAGAAUAUAUUUGUUGAUUAG